CGUAUGCGAUCCUAUGCACUUGUCUCUACGCCGAAGCCGGGUGCUACUGGCAGAAAACCAGGUGGAAACCCGAGGGCAGGCCCGUCAUUUCAGCCAAGCAAGCCCGAGCGACUGAGCAACCACACCCGCACAAUAAAGCCGGCUCACGCACUCCGCCCACUCCCUCUCACCCGCAACCGCCGUCGCCUCUCCACUUUCGUCUCUCUCACUCACUCUCCCCCUCCGCCGCCGGCGCAGCGUCCUCCCCGCGACUCCGAUGGCCAGCAAGUGGGUCAGGCCCGAGGUGUACCCGCUGUUCGCGGCGACGGGCGUCGCCAUCGGCAUCUGCGCCUUCAGCCUCCUCCGCAACAUCACCGGCAACCCAGAAGUCAGGGUCAACAAGAUGGGGAGGGCAGCGGGAGUGCUUGAGAACCAUGAGGAGGGCAGGCGCUACGCCGAGCAUGGCCUCAGAGCCUAUGUGCAGGACAAGACCCCCGAGAUCAUGCCAGGAAUCAACAAGUUCUUCACCAGCCCGAAAUGAAGCACUUUAGCCUGUCAGUGGCUCGCUAUUAGUAACUGUUGUGGUCAAGUGCAAACCUAUUUCAAGCAUUCAGUAAUGUUGUCGCGUCCAUAAUUCAGAGGAUAUCAUCAAGUGCCUCUUAUUGAAAGAACCAUGUGAUGUUUGAUGGCUUGCUAUAUAUGUGAUGGUUGAUGGCUUCUAAA